CACUAGCGGGGAAGUCACCAGUGGGAAGAGCUGGCAGAGACGGAAAAGAGGGAAAGAUAGACAGCAGAAACAGACGGAGACAGGGAGAGAGAGACGGGAAAAAGGAGGGAGACACCCCCUUAAAGACAGCCCUGAACCAUUUCUGGGAUUCGGCUCGGCUUCGAGGCGUCACUUUGAUGGCUGACAGCAGCAGAAAGACCGGAGAAGAUCAGUGACUGGCUCCCCCCCUCCGUUUUCUCUCCCUCCCCUUCUUUCACAACGAGGGGUCAACACAGCCGCAUUGAUCCCAUCAUCCCAGGCUUUGUGGAUCACGCCGCUGUCUCUAUCUAAAGAGAUCACCCUGUUGAUUGCUACUUCAUAACAAAGCCUAUGGAUUACGGAGGGUGCUGGAAAGGCCUUGAUCACAGCUUUGUCAAUAGUGUGACACAACCCGAGUGAAGAGGAGCUUCGCGGUUAUUUUUCUUCUGUUUCCUUUCCCAUCAGUCUGAGUCGGACUUGCAUCGGUUACAUGUUUGUUUUGAUCGGCUGCUUCUUUUGACCCGUACGCCCUAGCACCCAGUACCUAGCGCUCCUUCUGUCACCAUGUACGGUAGCUCCCGCUCCGUCUCCAAGCUGGACGCCGUCGGAUCCAACGGCAACGGCUCCAUGUCCGGGAGUCCCGGCCGCUCGCCGCGCCUUCCCCGCUCCCCUCGUUUGGGACACCGGCGGAACAACAGCGGCAGCUCCAGCGGACUGACGGGCACGGGGAAGACUCUGUCCAUGGAGAACAUCCAGUCUCUGAACGCUGCCUACGCCACCGGGGGCCCCAUGUACUUCACCGACACAGCCGACGACCCGGUCGGCAGCAUGGGCGGCGGGCUGAAUCCGAGCGCGCCCAAAAGCACCAUGACCCUGGGCAGGGCCGGAGCCAGGGUGCCCUACGGGGUGAGGGCGGCGGUGAUGGGGAGCAGCCCCAAUAUAAACAGCAGCGGGGCCGUCGUGCCCACUGAUGCCAUCGCGUUCGGAGGGGAGCUGCAGAACCAGCCUCCGCAGGCAGCUACUGUCCCUCACUCCAUGAGACAGGUCCGAGACGGGGCAAUGACCGACCUGCAAAUGCAGUUAAGAGAAGUGCUUCGAGAAAACGAGCUGCUGCGCAGAGAACUGGAGGCCAAAGAGUCCAAGCUGAGCUCCUCUAUGAACUCCAUAAAGACAUUUUGGAGUCCAGAGCUGAAGAAGGAGCGAGCGGUGAGGAAAGACGAAGCCACGAAGAUGGCCGUGUGGAAGGAGCAAUACAGGGUGGUGCAGGAGGAGACGCAGCAUCUCCAGUGCACCAUCCAGGCCUUGCAAGAUGAGCUCAGGAUCCAGCGCGAUCUCAAUCAGCUCUUCCAAUCCGAUUACUCGGAGUCCGUUCGACUUGGAAACCAGCCCAUUCCCCCCCAGGAGAUGACCGAGGAGAACUUCCUCCGACUCCACAGCGAGUUUGAGCGGCAGGCCAAAGAGCUCUUCCUCCUGAGGAAGACGGUGGAAGAAAUGGAGCUGAGGAUAGACACGCAGAAGCACACCCUGACCGCCAGAGAUGAGUCCAUAAAGAAGUUGCUGGAGAUGCUGCAGAGUAAAGGUCUGUCGUCGCGGGCGGCUGAGGAGGACCACGAGCGAACGAGGCGACUGGCCGACGCGGAGAUGACCAUCCACCAACUGGAGGGGCUGCUGGAGCAGAAAGACAAGGAGAUGCUUCAGCUCAGAGAGGAGCUGCACAGGAGAUAUGAGGCAGCUCCAGAAUCGACAAAGACCAAGGCCCUGCAGACGGUUAUCGAAAUGAAGGAUGCAAAGAUCAGCUCUAUGGAGCGCGGCAUGAGAGAGCUGGAGGAGGAGGUGAUGAUGCUCAAGUCCAACGGCGCUCUGAGCAGCGAGGAGAGAGAGGAGGAGAUCAAACAGAUGGAGGUCUACAGAUCCCACUCCAAGUUUAUGAAGAACAAGGUUGAACAGCUGAAGGAAGAGCUAACUCACAGCCAGUCAGAGAAGGAGGAGCUAAGGCAACGAGCCAAUGAGCUUCAGCAGGAGGUGUCUGCAAUGGAGCAGGCGAAGCAGGAGCUGAGUCGUAAGGACAGCGAGCUGCUAGCCCUCAGGACCAAACUGGACACUCUGAACAAUCAGUUUUCUGACAGCAAACAACACGUGGACGUCCUCAAAGAGUCCCUCACUGCCAAGGAACAGAGAGCUGCCAUCCUACAGACUGAGGUGGAUGCCUUGCGUCUUCGCCUGGAAGAGAAGGAGUCUCUCCUCUCAAAAAAGAGUCAGCAGAUGUCAGAGCUGACUGAGGAGAAAAGCACCCAGCAAGGAGAGAUCACGGAUCUCAAAGACAUGCUGGAUGUUAAGGAGCGCAAAGUUAACGUGCUACAGAAAAAGAUAGAGAACCUCCAGGAUCAGCUGCGGGAUAAGGAGAAACAGCUGAGCGGCCUGAAAGACAGAGUCAAGUCUUUGCAGACGGACACGUCAAACACCGACACCGCGCUGGGAACGCUGGAGGAAGCUCUGGCUGAGAAGGAGCGCAUUAUCGAGCGGCUAAAGGAGCAGCGAGAAAAGGAAGAGAGAGAAAAGGGAGAUGAGAUGGAGAGCACUAGGAAGGAGCUGAAAGAGUUGAGAGAAAAAGUCUCUCAGCUGCAGGCUGAGCUGGCUGACCGUGAGACCUCAGUGUUGGAUCUGAAAGAGAAGGCCUCCUCACUUGCAUCCUCAACUCUAAAGAAGGAAAACAGGCUGAAGAGUCUAGAAAUCCACCUGGAACAGAAGAGGGAGGAGUGCAUCAAACUGGAGAACCAGCUCAAAAAGGCUCAAACUGCAGCGGCCGAGUCCCAGGCCAACACCGAACUUACUGAGCGCAUCACGUCCCUGGAGCAAGAAGUGACCCGGUGCAGAGAGGAGGCCGGGAAGGCCCAGUCUGAGGUGGAACGGCUCCUGGAGAUCCUCAGGGAGAUGGAGAAUGAAAAGAACGACAAGGAGAAAAAGAUCCACGAACUGGAGAGGCAAAUCAAGGACCAGUCGAAGAAGGUGGCCAACCUGAAACACAAGGAGCAGCUGGAAAAGAACAGAAAUGCCCAGCUGAUGGAGGAGGCUAAGAAGAGGGAGGACAACCUCAACGAAAGCUCCCAGCAAAUAAAGGACUCCCUCCGUCAGAAGGAGGAGCGCAUCGAGGAGCUGGAGGAGGCGCUGAGGGAAAGCGUUCAGAUCACAGCAGAGAGAGAGGUGGUGUUGGCCCAGGAGGAGCAGGCACGCUCGCACGCUGAGAAGCAGGUUGAAGACCUGCUGGUUGCCAUGGAGAAGGUGAAACAGGAACUGGAGGUGAUGAAAGCUAAGCUGUCAUCAACCCAGCUCUCAUUGGCUGAGAAGGAAGGUCAUCUGACUGCCCUGCGAGCCGAGAGGCGGAAGCACCUGGAGGAGGUCCUUGAGAUGAAGCAAGAAGCACUGCUGGCCGCCAUAAGCGAGAAGGAUGCCAACAUCGCCCUGCUGGAGCUCUCCUCAUCCAAAAAGAAGAAAACCCAGGAAGAGGUGGCAGCCCUGAAGAGGGAGAAGGAUAGCCUGGUUCAGCAGCUCAAACAGCAGACACAGAACAGGAUGAAGCUGAUGUCGGACAACUAUGAGGACGACCAUCUGAAGGUGGCGUCUCCAAACUCUGAGCAGCCCAACAAUCACAAACCCUCCCCAGAUCAGAUUCCCGCUACGCUCCUGGACCUCAGUCAGAAUUGCAAUAAACUGAAGCUGUACAUAAGUCACCUGACCUCACUGUGUCAGGAGCGAGACCCAAUCAUAUUGCAGGACUUUGCCCCGCCCCCGGCUUAUCACCGCUCUGACUCCGCCUCCUGGAACUCGCAGCUGCACAGCAUGACGGAGGAGCAGUUGGAGGCGGAGUUAGCAUUGUGUGAGAGGGAGGGGGCGGAGCUCCAGGAGUACGCCAAUCAGGUCCUGCAGCAGAUCGCCGAGCGGUGCCCGGACAUUUUGGAACAAGUCGUCAACGCCUUGGAGGACAGCUGCUGACUGACCUUUGCACACACACCCUCCCAGGCUGACUGAUGAGUUCACACUCAUUUGCAUGCAAAAAGAAAAAAGUUACGUUGAGUGUGCGCACACACAACAAGAAUCACACUCUCCUGCAACCUGCUACAAUCCUCCUGAAACAGGAAAAAAAAAAUCGAUGGUCUCUCUGCUUUAGUCGUUCUAAUUAAAGAGGAAUGUUGGGGUAUACAUUGUUAGAGAAAAACACAUUUCCAUUUUCAACUGUGCUAGCUGACGGAAAUAGUGUUCCUUGGUCAGUUUAAAGUGCUUAAUUGGCAGAUUAAAUCAGAAUAGAUAUAUUUUUCUAACUCUUCUUAGAAAGAAAACACUUCUGCUGCACUGACCGUCUCAUACACUAACCAUCUUUUAAGUCCUGGCAGGCUUCAGUUCCUCUCUUGGAAAAUGUUUUCAACCUGAGAAGAGAAAAAAAAAAAAAAAAGUGUAAAAAAACAAAACAAUUUAGGCUUGCCAGGCUAUUUCUGAUGCUAGACUUGCACGUUGUUGCCACAUUAUUAUUAUUAUUUUUGAUUAGUUCAAGCGUGUUUAUUUCAGCUGCCUUUCGCUUUUUGCAUCAUUUGCUGCUAUCUUUUUUUUUUUUUUUUUUUUUUUUUUUUUUUAUUCUAGUCAGUUUUUGUUUCUUCCUCUGCAGGUGUUUGAUAAAAAGUCCCAAAUUUCUUCAGUAUUUUCCACACCUACAGGCACCCCUGGUAAAGAUUGGUAAAAAGCUUCAAUAACACAGAUAUUUUAAGUGCUGUUACUAAUAAUUUGUACACCUCCCUUUUGCCUAUAAGACAGCAUUUAGUCUUCUAAUAUAACACGUCACAGGGUUGGAGUAGACAGACAGAGGGGAAUCUUGGACCUUACCGUUUUGCACAAUCUAUUCUCUCGUGCUUUCUUCUCUGCAACUCACCCAAUAGUUUUUUUUUGGCAUUUACAUCUGGUAAUUGAGAUGUCACUGGGAAGAGGUUGAUUCAGUCGAAUAUUUUGGGUCAUUAUUGUGGUAAAAUGACACGAGGGCAACUUUUAUUCAGUUUUCAAGCAGAGGCCACCAGAGGAUUAAGUUGUAAUGUUGUUGUAUUUCAUGAUGCCAUGAACGUUUGUCCAGGGUUCAGUUAGUUUAAACGUUUUAAUCUACUCAAUCCAAAUAUAAGCAAGUUUCAUCAAGUAGCUGCUUAUUGUGUCCUUAAUCUGGCUUUUGAAGAUUAAAACACGUAUGCCUUAAUUAGGAUUUUAUGUUUCUUGUCUUUCCCGUUUUGAAGAGUAGAUAAGAGAACAGGCUUGUCACAUUUAGACCAAAGGGAAGCAGAAAGUCAUGGAUUACCAAGUAAAGUUUAUAUAUACUGAUAAACUUUAAAGAGUAAAAUAUAAACAAACUUGAUUUAUUUGCAUUAGGUUUUUUUGGUAAUUUUAAUAUCUACAUGUUUUUCCCCUGUUUAAUAAAUGUGCUAAAAAUGAGAUUUUCCUACAUUUUUAGGGUUUUAACUCAUCUGUAUCAGGGGUGCAGACGGCUGUGGAAGGUCUUCUAGUUUUUUGGGGGUUUUUUUUGUGACUUUAAUCUCCAGAUGCUGGUGUAAAUUGUAAAGGAAUAUGUUUAAUUAACAUCACUACAUUUUAGUUUGUACAUUUCUCAUUGCUCAUGAUAACAACAAUAAAUCUCGCAACAGAACCUUUACUGAAACACACAGAUGUACUGUAGAUACAGAUUACACAAACUUCUGGAAAACAACGUCUUUGGUUCAGUUUUGUCGUCCAGACAGAAGUUCAAACGAUCCCUCAAAACACCCUCAAGACUGUCUGUCCCUUUAGAGCUUUUAAGAGUUGAAAUAUGAACUCAUUGAAACGUUGUUGUUGCUUUCUGACUAGUAAGAAAGCAAAUGUUAUAUAUAUAUUGAUAUAUUUUUCUUGUUUCCUUUGAAAAGUAUGCAUAAAACUACUAUCAUGUCUUGGUCGGUUUUCUUCACAAUGUGUCUAAAUCCUUUUCUUUUGUCAGUUUGUGAAUAAUUGGUUUGUAUGGAUGUGUGUUGCAACCAGGCUUCGUUUCCACCAGGAAGACUCGUUCAAAAUCAUCUUCUCGUUUUUGUUGAGUUCAGCACCGACAGUAUUAGCGUGGUCCGGAGGUUAAGGUUAUUUCAAAUUAACAUUAUUUUCUUUGUUUUUCAAUCAGUAGCGUGAGUUUUGAAGCCGUUUUUAUUAUCUGUCAAGGAUUUCUUUUAAAAAGUCACCUGGUGGGACCCAAAGCCUGAAGACGUGGAUUUGCAUUGCUUUCCUCAAAUCUAACUGGUUUUAAAGUAAUAAAAGUUGUGAUUUUUGGCCUUGGAGCUGUUUUUAAUGCACAAAUGAAAGCCACCGGCUUCUUAAAUGAAACGUUUAUUGAUCCCAUGAAAUCUACGGAGGAUUUAAAAACCUGUGUGUGUCUUAUUUAAGGAAGAAACCCGGUCUGUUUUAAGCUUGUGUGGUAAAUUCAUUUCUUCCGGUUUCUGUUUUGUUUUUGUUUUUUACUGACUGUCCGUUACUGGAAAGGAUGCCGACUGCGUCUCACUCUGAGCUUGCCGUGGUCAUAAAAUCCGAAUGUGAGAAUGAAAUAAAUUAAUGCUUUAACUUCACCUUU